AUGCUCUACUCCGUUCUCAUCGCUGCAUCUCUGGUCGCAAGCGUCCUUGCACGGUCGCAGCUCCAUGGAAGGCAACCGAAGAUGGUCUAUGAGACUAAGAUUGUCAUUCAGACGAUCAUGAUUACUCUCACUCAGGGCUAUACUCCGCCAAUGUCUACCUCUUCGGCACUCUCUUCUAUCACUCAUCCUGCAGCUACUCCAACCCCGGAGCCGAAGCCUGAGCCUUCGACUUCUUCAAGUUCCAAGGUCCCCAACCCUCCGGCCAUAUCCCAAGCGCCUAUUCCCAUUUACAGUCCUCCACCCAAGGCCGUCGCCCCGGUUCACGAUCAUCCCUGGGGUACUGAUCAGGCCUAUCUCUCGGCCGGACCCGACUACCAGGCGGUCGUGCUGUUCCAUCACAACGCCGCCCGUGCAAAUCACGAAGCUGCUCCGCUGACUUGGGACUCUGAGUGCGAAUCCAAUGCUCGUAUCGCUGCUAGUAGGUGUAGCUUCGAGCACUACAUUCCUAAGGGCGCCGGCCAAGGCCAGAACCUGUUCGUUGUGUCUGGCGAUGCUUUCAAUGCUACAGCAGGCAUUUCGGAGAGCUGGUAUCGUGGCGAACUGACCCCAAUGAUACCCUGGUUCGGCAAGAGCAACCUACCUCACGAGGUCUUUGAGCAAGUCGGUCAUCUUACACAGAUGGUGUGGAAGGAAACUACCAAAGUCGGAUGCGUCUCUCUUGACUGUGGCGGGGCAAUGACUGUCAACGGAAAGGGUUCAGCCAUGAACAAGUAUACUGUCUGCAAUUACGCCCCAGCGGGUAACGUCCGCGACCAGUAUGCGGCGAACGUCGCAUCUCCUAUCUCCCCUGCUAACCUCGUCGGCUGGGCGGACUAG